AUGAUAGGCCAAGAAGACGGGGUGAUAUGGCGGUCGCUUCGUGCCCGGGGCCUCUGCUACACUCCGCACGACGACAAGAAGGAACGACUCGUUUGCUUAUCGAUCUGCGGUGUCGAUGAUCCGGCCACCGUGGUUCGGGCCACCAAUGCCGCCCUGGGCUACGCCUCACUCGAUGUCCAUCACGCAACACUGAUCAGUCAAUUGACGAGCGGCAACCCGUCACCGCCGCUUGAUCCUGGUGCCGUAUGCAGGGAGGUGUUGAAGGGCCGAGAUUGUGACAUGGUCAAGGCGGCCGAGGAGUUAGUCGGCAGAAUAUUGAAAAGCUCCUGGCACGUCGCCGGCCCGGAAACAAUCGUGAUUCAAGCGGAGCCGUUUCUCACGAAGCGCGCGAAGAAAGCCGACGCAAAACCCGGACCUGAGCAGUCCGAGGCG